AUUUGAAAAUUGAAAAUUUUCGCUCAAUGCACCGUCGUCGAGUCCGUUUUGUCGACAUUUCCCAAAAAACCUUUUUUAUUUUAAUUUUAAAAACUUAAACAUUUUACUUCUCAUUAUUAUUGCAUUUUAAUUUUAUACAUCGUUUUGUUAUAUGUUAUAUUUUUCAAUUAUAUUUAUUGGUUUUGUUUAAAUAAAACCUUUUAAAAUGGCGCAAUUCAAUUAUUUAAACGAAAUAAACAGUGUCCUGUCGAUGGAUGGAGAACUAACGCGUGGUCCAGCACCAAGAUGGCAAAAGAAAAUGGAAUGCUCCUCGAGCAACCUAAGCACCAGCAUGAAUACAUCCCGAUCAGUACUUACCAAGUCAUAUAAUGCUAGUUUUUCUAUGGCUCCAACAAUGAAGACUCCUGGCAAAAGUUCUGCCGCUGCAGACGGGAAAGGUAAAAAAACACCAAGCAAAACUCCAAACAAAGGAUCGAAAACACCAUCUGGAGGUGGCGAUCGUUUCAUACCGAACAGAAGCACUACAAAUUUUGGACUCGGACACUACUUGAUAAAACAAGAGCAAGAAAAGACUUCUGAUGAAGAAAAUGAGAAAAACAACAAAAUGACUCCAUCGAAAAGCGAUCACAAAAAGUUGAUUUCAGAAUCGAUGCAAGUUGGUGAUACGAAUGGAACAAGGAUUCUUUCGUAUCAAAAUAAAGCACCACCUGCGCCCGAAUCGCACCAGAAUCCAAAUAAAGUUGUUUAUUCGAUUAAAACGCCAAUUUCCACGAAAAGUGGUAGCCGAUACAUUCCAUCAACUUCCGAUCGCAUUCUUGAUGCUCCUGAUAUAAUCAAUGACUAUUAUCUUAACUUACUGGACUGGAGUGUUGAUAAUGUGGUUUGUGUUGCAUUAGGGAAUGCUGUUUACCUUUGGAACGCAAGCACUGGAAGCAUAGAACAAUUAGUUGAAUUCGAAGAAGGUGAUAGCGCUUGCUCGUUGGCAUGGAUCCAGGAGGGUCAUAUUUUAGCAAUCGGCAUAAGUAGUGGAGCUGUGGAGCUUUGGGAUUGCGCCAAAUCAAAGCGAUUGCGUGUUAUGGAUGGACAGACGGCUCGAGUUGGAUCAUUGGCAUGGAAUUCCUUCCUUGUGUCUUCAGGUAGCAGGGAUGGAUCGAUAAUUCAUCAUGAUGUUCGUCAAAGAGACCACAAGGUUACAACACUUCUUGGUCAUACGCAGGAAGUCUGUGGCCUUAAAUGGUCAACAGAUUUCAAAUAUCUAGCAAGUGGGGGCAACGAUAAUUUAGUUAAUGUUUGGCCAGCAGCUUCCGCGUCGAGUUCAACGGGUACCGAACCAAUACAUGUACUAAAUCAGCAUCAAGCUGCUGUUAGAGCACUGGCCUGGUGUCCUUGGUUGCCCAAUGUACUAGCAACAGGUGGAGGAACUGCCGAUAGAUGCAUCAAAUUCUGGAAUGUUAACAAUGGCUCACUAAUUAACUCAGUUGACUCUAAAUCUCAAGUCUGCGCACUUUUAUGGUCAAAGACGUACAAAGAACUAAUAUCAGCCCAUGGAUUUGCCAAAAAUCAACUGAGCAUUUGGAAGUACCCAUCAAUGCAGAAGCAGGCUGAGUUGACUGGACACACUUCUAGAGUCCUACAGCUUGCAAUGUCACCAGAUGGUAGUACUGUUAUAAGUGCUGGAGCCGAUGAAACACUUAGAUUAUGGAACUGCUUUGCAGCAGAUCCACACCAAGCUAAGAAGUCUACGGGCCUUGCUAGCAAAGCCAAACAAAGUGUUUUUAGGCAAAGCAUUAGGUGAGCAGUUUUUUUCAACGGUUCACACAGAUUUUUAUAAAUUUUAUAACAUUUUAUUAUUUUGUUCGUCUUAAAUAAAAUAAAAUUAUGAAAUUACUUUUAA